UACAAUUCUAAUAUAGUUCACACAAAGCGUUAAAAGGCUACAUAAGUACUUAUAAAUAAUAACGGAUACAAUUUUUUAGGACACAUUUGAGCACAUAUGUUUUGCGUUACUUAGUAUCAUAUCUUUAAUACUAAUGUCUUUGGUUUAAAUCAGCGUCAUCGCGUCGUCUAGAAGAGGUCGCACAUGUCAUUGUUUUCUCAUAUUAAUAGUGUGUCUUUUGAUGCAAAAUGGGAUGGGUGGAUGUUUAACACUGGACAGAGAAGAAUCGAAAGCAAGAAGGAGAAGUGAAGAAAUUGACAAACAGCUUGGGGAACUUGCCAAACAGGAGCACAAUGUUAUUAAAAUAUUGUUACUGGGUGCUGGGGAGAGUGGGAAAAGCACUCUUGUAAAGCAGAUGAAGAUAAUUCACAGUGAUGGCUUUACUAAAGAAGAACUGCGAAGCUUUCGCCCAACAGUUAUGGAUAAUUUACUUUCAUCAAUGAAAUAUGUUUUGACAGGAAUGGGUCUACUUAGAAUCAAUCUCCAGUCUGCCAAGAAUAAAGCUCAUGCCCAGACAGUGUUAAUAAGUAGCAGUUGUUUUGAUAAGAGCUUCAACAUAUUACCAAAUGUUGCUAUAGCUCUUCAAGCCCUGUGGCAGGAUCGAGGGGUUCGAUUGGCAGUGGCUCGUGGCUAUGAGUAUGAACUCAAUGAUUCAGCUAUAUAUUUGUUUGAAAACAUGGAAAGAAUAUGUGAUGAAAAGUAUGUUCCCACACCAACGGACGUGCUGCGGGCUAGAGUACGGACAAAUGGAAUAAUUGAAACUCACUUUAAAAUAAAUGACAUCAUUAUAAGUAUGUUUGAUGUAGGAGGUCAGAGGUCACAGCGGAGAAAAUGGAUUUAUUGUUUUGAUGAUGUACGAGCUGUAAUGUUUGUUGUUUCUCUCAGUGGCUAUGAUAUGACACUUGUGGAGGAUCCCACUGUAAAUCGUCUGGAUGAAAGUUUGAAUCUUUUUGCACAAAUUGUUAACAAUCGGUUCUUCCGAGAAGCAUCCUUUGUACUUUUCCUCAACAAAUUUGAUUUGUUUCGCGAGAAGAUCUUAUACUCGGGAAGACAUCUUAGACUCUAUUUUCCAGAUUAUAAAGGACCUGAUUAUGAUGUGGAUCGUGGUGCUCUGUUCAUCCAGCACAAGUUUGCUCUUUGCAACCACAACUCAGCAAAGGUGAUCUACCCACACUUCACCACAGCCACUGACACGUCAAAUAUCCAGGUUGUGUUCCAGGUUGUAAUGGACACUGUGAUACGUGAGAACCUCCACCAAGUGACUCUGUUGUAGAUGGUACCCUGCAGGGUGAUUCAGUGCAAUAUCUUCAAACUUGAUUUUAUGUUUUUGACAUUGCAACAGGUAGUUUACCUUUCGGUUCAUCAAUGCUGUCUUUCUAUUGCCAAAUGUUGUUUUCCUGCACAGGUUGUUUAUUUUGAGGGCUCUUGCCAUUUUGUAUUUAUUCAGAAGUUCAGAAGGUAUACUGACACAAAAUUUGAGACUAAAUGAGUCUGAAAGCUGCAUACUUCAUUCCACAAUAUCAUUCUUCUUUGUGUACAUUUUAGUCAGGAAACCUGAAGGGGAGAAAGAGACUACUUGAGGACCUAGGCAUAGAUGGCAGGAGGAUAAUAUUGAGAUGGUCAGAGGAUAUGGACUGGAUUCAUCUGGCUCUGUACAAGGUCCACUGUCAGGCUCUUUUGAGCACUGUGAUGAACUCUAUGGUUCCAUAAAAGGCAAGGAGGUUUUUGAUUAGUUGAAUGGCUUGGCUUCUCGAAAGGGACUCUGUUCUGUAAAGUUAGAUAAUGAUAUUUCACAUAUCUAUUCUUAUGUGUAAAAAGUAACAUGAAUGAAACAUCUCUUCACCAAAUCUGAGGAGUAUAGCAGCAGGUAUACCAUCACAAGCGACUAAGAGGGCAGAGUAAGUAGGAAGACAUCAUAUUUAGCAGUUUGCUGAGAAUCAUUCUCUGUUAUUGAUACAUUUGAAGCAAAAGACAUGAAUAAAUCACAUGAAAUUAAUGUAAAGAAAAUAAGCUAUCCUUUAUGUGAGAUCUGAGGUUCUUAUGGCAGUGUGAAGAUGUCUUUGUUGAUCUUCUGGGUUGUAACCUACAAGUACACACUGUGCUACAACCCAGAAUAACAGUGACAAACUGUAUUUGUUACCAGUUAAUCCUGGAUUGGGCAUAUAUAAUUUUUCAGAGAAAGUGUUUCCCUUUUACUGAUAGGUGAAGUAGACAGUAUUGUUUUUCCAUGAUGGACCAUUUGUAUAAUCCUUAUGUAAAUCAUGUGUCCAAGUUUUUGAUCAUCAAAAUUUGGAAAGUAAGGGCCUUUGUCCUAAACAGUGGUGCAUCAGACCAUUUUCACGACCAUUUUUUGUUUAUAUGGGGCUUCAGUUGGAUUGAUGGGUUUUGUAAGGAACAUAAGUAUUAAACUAUAAAUUAGUGUUGAAUAUUUACAUUAGCACCCUUAUCUGAACCCUUCCAGGGAAGAGAAAUGCGCAGGUAACACAGUAUUAAAGUAAUAAUUUGGUUCCAGUUAAUGUUAUAUUUUGACAUCAGUCAGCUGACCCGUGUAACCCAUUUUUCCACCCAGCCACAACACAUUUACUUCUUUUGGUCUGCCAGAAGUGCUUGACUUGAAUGUCUUAUGUGCCACAUAGAUAAGUAAACACAUUUACUUUUGAGAUCUCAAAAUGCCAUCACAACUGUGCAGAUGCUUUAUACAUGUUUUCAGAUGUAUCUUAUUUUGUUAUAAAUAUUUUAUGAUGAAAGAAAUAUAUGCAUGGAAGAGAUGAAUGCCUGUGAUACUUUGGAACUUCUGAAUGCAAUAAAUGUUUUAUAUAAAUCAUACACGAGUUUUUAACCACUAAAUUAUUAUACUUUGGUAUUUAUUAUUUGAAUAGUAUCUGAAACCAAAACUGUUUAUAAUUAGUGUUGUAGUUUGCUUCCAUAUUGUUUACUUUUUUUAAUCAAUAUUGCUGCGCUCAGCUAUUUCUGAUAUUUUGUGCUUGCUCGUAAAUUAUGCUAAAUGCUCUCUUUCAUAUUUAUGUUUAAUUUUAAAUGACUACAGCCAGUUCAUACUAUGAUGCCUUCCAUUGUUACAUUGACAUUUAUUAUCACAGAGGACAGAUGCAAGGAGUCAUGAAAUCCUAUCAUCAGAGUAUGCAUAAUCUGAUUUUGGCAUUUCAUCACUAGCAUCAUGGUUAAUCCAGUCACAAAAUUUGAUUUCUAAUGUUAUUUCAGUGUUCUUUCUAACUGGAUUCCACUUGCAAAUGAGAGUUCAUAUUUUUGUCAGAACAGGACUGCUGAUCAAUUUUAAAAACACAGUGCAUUCACCCAUACUUCACUAUGCUUAAAGCUCACUUUAGGGAAAGUGUUCUAUUUCAUAUAACUGUUGAAGGUUAAUGGAUGAAAUAUCAAUAUUCAUGAAAUUUUAUAUAACCUUCAUCUAGUGCAAACUCUACAUUUCUAGAACAGUUUACCCACAAAUAUAGACAUGUUUAGUUUUUAGUACAGUGGGUAAUUGUAUGUACUGAUCAUACAUGGUUUGCAUAUAUCAGAGGCAUCAUAUUUCAGAAAACUGGAAGUUUACAGUUCACAGUAUGGCAUAUAUCUAAUUAACAAAGUAGAAGAAUGUUUCUAUGCUGUCUAAUGUUUGCUCUCUUGAUUAAGGUGUAAACAAUAGAUUUACACUCGUAAAAAAUAAAAACUCAUAAAAUUGGAAUACAUCUUUUUGCCCUUAUAUGCUUUGAUUCAUAUUUAUUAUACCUUUAAGUUUUAUCUUAAAAUUAAGUUUCUAAAUAUAUAAUAUUUGCAUCUCAUUAAGAUAAUUGUUCAUGUUGUACUGUUAUUGUAUUUUAUUUCUCUUACUGUCAGUUUAUUUAUUUUCUGUUAUAUUUAAUCUUCUGUUUGAGAGUGAACUAGUUCUGUCCGCAGUGUUAUUAAUGAUGCUUUGAUGAGCAGUUAUUAACAUGGAGUUUAGGGGCAGCUGUGAGGUUUGUAGACUGGAGCUUAUUAACCACUGAAUCUGACUGACUGAACAGGAUUUUUGUACGACAUAAAUUAGCCAGAGCUUAGAACCUCGCCAUUUGAGGGGCCUUAAAUACUGAAAUGUAUUGUCAUGGAUAGUCUGUCCACGUAACCAUAGCUUAGUACCUUGCAAUGUCUUCGUCCAGUCUUGCCUAAUAAAGCUGUAUUAUGACGACUUUGUUAUUUAAUUUCUAUAUAUGGUCAUGUGGUGUCUUAGAUUUGUAAUUGUAAUGUAAUAUCUGUUCAGUAAUACAUUAACAUCAGUUGGUAAGGCCAUGUUGAAAGAUUGCAUCAUACAAAUAAAGUAGCUUGUUAUUUAUAAGGAAUCCAGUUGUAAGUAAAAAUGAACAACUUUCUGAAGCCAUACUGUCAUCUAUUGUUUUUUUUCUAAUUUUGAAAAAUAUAUUUGUCCAUGACAUUUUCAUAAGCCAUGACUAUAGGGGGGCACAAAGAAAGAAUCCUUUUAAUUCAUUUUUGAAUUGUACCAGAAACAAGUGUGAACAUGUUUCCUUGCAAUGUUUUAAAGAAACACAAAAUCUAUCUGAAUGCUUUCCCUUUCUUAGUGCAUUACCAACACAUUUCUGUAAUUGAAACUGCAGUUUGUGAUAGUUUUGUUGUUUCCACAGCUGUAUCUGUAUCUCACAGUUUUGCUUUGAGGCUUAUGAAAGUAUCAAUAAAAGUGAUCACCACUUAUUUUAAAAGUAGAACCCUUAAUUUACUAUAAGGGACACAGACCUUGUGAUCACUGGCCUCAAAGAUCAAACCUUGGAAUUCUUGAACAAGAAUGGUUCAAAAUCCCGUUGUUCAGUUUGGUCCACCUAGUUCAUAGCUUGCAAGAUAUUUCUGAGACAUGUUAGUGAACUGUUCAUUUCUACUUACAGUUGAGUGUUUUGAGUUUAUUUAUUUAGAUGAAUGAGCAGAACCUUGGCUACCAACUCAGCAUACUAUUAUUAUAAGUUCCAUUGAAGUUUAACAAUGUUCCUUUCUUAAAAUAGUUUGUGUUAGAAUUAUUGUUUUGUUUUAUGCAAACUUUGUAGUGUACUGUACUACAGUAGUUGAUGACUGUAUAUUGGGACAUGAAGUUGCCAAUAGUAAGAAAACAGUAUUUAUGGAAAAUAUGCUUCAUGAUUAAUGUUUACUUUCUCAACAAACACAUAACCAGUACAUGCACUUCUUUCAUUAUGUGUGAUCAGAAAUGGAAUGUGACUUAUCUGUCUUUUGUUACUAAUUAUGCAUAUUGGGCAGACCUUAUGUGGCGUUUGUAGAAUUAGGUGUUCCAUAUGUUGAACGCAGAACAAAGUACCUGAUGAAUGUAUCACAUUUUUGGAUGAAUUAUGUAAAAAUUAGGCUGGAAACAGGUACUACUUGCAUUUAUUGUGUUGUGUAAGACAUCCAAAAGUUCCUCAAUAAAGUUUUCUAUACAGAAUGAUGUGAUCUUUGUGGCCUUUGUAAUUCAUGUUGCAGCCCAUGAAGCAUGUUUUUACACUGUCAGUUAUCAAAAACUGUACAUCUUUUUGAUAAAAAUGUCAUGGCAUAAACUGUUGUAAAAUAUAAAAAAAAGUCAGUCCUCUAAUUGGUCAGAACUACAUAACUGAUUUCUGUAGUUGUAUGACACACAAUAUAGGCAAGUUUUAGUACUUCUAUGUAGUAAUGUACCCACAAGCAAAUCUGGAUGCAACAAGGUUAUAUGAGAAGCACAGAUACUUGGCUGCUCCAAUAUCAGUCACCCCAUUUUGGCCAAGCCUAGUCAUUAAUCUGCUGUUUCAUUGAGAAGCCCUAUAGGAAAGAAAGGAAAGGUACACAGACUUUGAGGAUAGAACUUAACAGUUUUCUUAAACACAAAAUAUUACUGAAAAUGUGGGUUGUGACAUAGUCUUAUAGGUGGGUUACCAGCAUUCCUCUUGAGGAUUUGGUAAUGACCUACAAGAUUACAAGGCAUAAAAACCCAAAAGAACACAAUCCACAUAAUUAUGUUAAAUGGGAGAAACAGAAGACUGACUUUUAAACACGUACUUUAUUUGUUGUUACUAUAUGAUCAUGUCACACUGGUAUAACACAUCAAUGUACCAAAACAAUUUGUGAUGAUGACAGGCAAAAAUGACAUGACUAAGACUUUGGCAACAUAAAAAUUAUGAAACAAAACAUUUUUUAGUGAUAAAAAUUCAUCUGAUAUGACUCAAUGAAGAUGGUCCUACAAGUUUUGUGAUAAUUCUUUACAUUUUUUCAAGUAGCCAUAAAUAUUAUUUUUUUUAUCAUCUAUGUCAAUAAUGUAAGCCAUUUAAAUACAUAUUGGUAAUACAUGCAUAUUUACCCCAA